AUGGCGGGGCCGGGCGGCCGCAGCGUCUCGGCCGCCUUCCGGGAGCACCUGCGGCACCGGGGCCCGCGGGAUCUCCCCCCCGCCAGCCCGGGGACGGCUCGGCCGCCGGGACCCCGCGCCGCCGGCCUCUCCCCGCCGCAGCGGCCCCACGGCCGGCCCCAGGACGAGCCGCGCCGGCGGCAGCGGGCCGCGCGGGCGCCCGGCCUCCUCCGCGACGGCGGCGGCUUCGGCUCCGUCCGCGUCCUCCGGCUGGUCGAUAAGGGACCCGUCCCCGACGCCGGACCCGGCUCCUUGCAGGUGGACGAGGUGGACGAGGGUCUGCUGCGCUUCCAGCGCCUGGAGGAGCUUGUGCUCAGCGCCAACCGCAUCGGCGCCGUGCCCUCGGCCAACCUGCCCCGGACGCUGAAGGUCCUGGAGCUGUACGGCAACGCCGUGGGCGACCUGCGGGACCUGUGCUGCCCGCUGCCGCCGCCGCCGCGGCUCCAGCACCUGGGGCUGGGCGGCAACCGCCUGGGCGGCUCCUCGCAGGCCUUGGCCUAUCUCGCCGCGGACUUCUGGCCGAACCUCGUGUCCCUCGAUCUGAGCUUCAACGCCUUGGCGGAUCUGCCGGGGCUGCUCUCCGCGCUGUCGGCUCUGCGGGAGCUCCGCGUGCUGGUGCUCCAGGGGAACCCGCUGGCCCUCCUCCCCGCGUACAGGGCCUUCGUCGUGGACAGCCUGCCCAGGCUCUUCGUCCUGGACGACGUGCACAUAGGGCCCGACGAGAGGCACCGGUACCGGGGGCUGGCGGGGCGGCCCGGGCUGGCGGCCGGCGGAGCACGCGUGGCCGUGUGCGUCGGGGCGGUGAGGGGGCUCCCCGAGCCCGGCGCCCCCGGGCAGCCCGGCGCCGGCCCCGCCGUCGCCUACCGCUACCGCGUGACCUACGAGUUCGCGGCGGGCGAGGACGCGGGCGACCCCCAGGUGGCAGAAACCUCUUGGCAGCCGGUGGAGGCCGCGCAGGACCCCCACGGCGGGGACAUGGCGGAGGACGAGGUCCCGGACCCCGCCGGCGGCGGAGGAGGGUGCGUCCGCCGAGCCCCUCCGGUGCGCCGCGCAGCGAAGGUGUUCGCCACCGCCGAGAAGCCCUGGGCAGACCCCAUGGACUGCGGCUACCGGAGGGAGCACGCCGCCCCGGACCUGGUGGGGCUGAAGGCCUUCCUGGAGGCCGGGACCGUCCUCUCCGUGGUGGAGGAGAAGGUGCUCUCCUGGCCGCUCGGCCCGGAUGCGGAGGGAACCGUCAAGGAGGAGAAGGCAGGGCGAGGGCUGCAGCGCAGCGCUGAGGUACCGGGGCCCGGGGACAAGCAGAAAAAGAAGAAGAAGAAGGAGAAGCCCCGUGAGCUCCGCAGCGACCCCCCCGUUCAGAGGACCCUGGGUGCCAGGAGGGUUAGCCUGAAGGGCCUGCUGGCCACCGAGGGCCUGGUGGCCACCGUGUGUGACCUCGGGAUCCCGACCGCCGAGGAGCCGCCGGGGCCACCAACCCCCGAAGAGAAGAACAGGAGAAAAGGGAAAGACAAGAGCAGAAAGCCAAAAGAGGGGAGAGAAAGCGAGACCAGCCAGAAGACCACCGCCUCUGCCAGAGGUGACGGCGGGCUGGCAGGGAAAGGGAAAACCAAAGAGGCUGUGGAGCCGGAGGAGGGCCGAGGGGUGCCGCCGGCACCGCUGACCGUUCAGUUCCAGAUGCAGCUGCUGCGCUGGCCCGCGGUGGCCGAAGCCCAGCAGCCAGUGGGCGAUGCCGCGGCGGCGGGGAAGGCUCAUCAGCGCGGGUGUAGUGAGCCAUAG